AUGGAGAGGAUCAAGAAGAAAGCUUCGCGCGUUUUCAAGGAUGAAGAAAAGAAGAUUGAGCCCGCGGUCGAGCCAAACUUCUUCACGGUCCGGCACGAUCGCCCGCAUUCAGCAGGCACUCAGGUCGCGCUGUGGGAAGCUCAAAAGCCGCUGACAGCUGAGCCGUUGCGCAAGGUGGUGAAAAAGAAGUCAUCAAUCCUCAGUCUCAGGACCCAGAAGCGCGACGAGGAUAAAGUGGUGACUACGGACGCUCCAGUCCCGCCGGUGCCUCCGAUCCCAGCGAAGUUCAAAUACUCUCUCUUCCCUCAAGACAAGCCACUCAGUCCGUUCGACGUCGCAGCUCGGUUGCCAUCUUCAGAGCAGCGCCCCGACACCGCGGGCUCCGGCUUUGGCUCACGAGCAGUCCCUCACCCGAAGGCAACCGUGCCGAGCAAGUUCCAACCGAUCGCGACGCCGUACAGCAAGCCGAGUAGUCUGCGACGGUCGCCUUCAAAGGUGAUCUUCCCGUCUUCGAGUGAGAGCUCAGCUUCAGCCGAGACACCUGACACUGGCCGCUCCACCACCUCUGUUCUAGAGCGUCCGCCGACGAAACCUACCAGGAACUUCACGCCUAUCAUGACGCCGUGGAGCAACGAGAAGGGACUACCGGAGUCACCACGGCGUGUAAUCGCCCCGGUCCGUCCGCCCUGGAGCAAUGAGCCCGGGCUGCCCGAGUCACCGCCAAAGCCAGUUCCCUGGCCCGGCGGGUCGCGUAGUCCAAGCCCAGCCUCGAGCGUCCGCACGACAGUCGAUAGGGCGCAGUAUCCGUCCAAGGAGACCACGCCUCGCACAAAGCCAUUCGAAGGCACAACCUUCGGCGUCCCCGACGAGGACCUGCGCGCCAUGUUCAAGGACCAUCCAGAUGUCAUACGCUGCAAGAAGAUGUUCGAACCCGGCGGAAAAGUGAGCUCGGACAUUGCCCACCCACCUGGCAUCCCCGCCGCAGAAUACCACAAGAUGAAGGCGCUGUAUGAUCUCACUGGCUCGCCGUUCAACGGAGACACCGACAGCAAAGGCAAAAGUAAAGGAAAGAAGCCCCAGCCGCUCCAGCAGGCAUCAAGCGCUUACUCCCUCAAGACAGUCACACCCUUCUCGGUCCAUGAGCAUGCUAUCCCACGCUCCGCACCUCUCGACCCGCCCUUGCCUUUUCGCCCGAUUCCUCGUAGUUCGAAGAGCGAAGCCUCCUCGCCUACGACCCCAGACUUCGCGAAUCUCAGCACAGCCGCCGAGCGCAAGUCGUCUUCGCCAUCCGCUCAACCUAGAUCCAAAGACACGCAUACAACCUCGACAUCUGGCCGCCGCUCAGGCUACACGCCGUCCUCGCUCGGCCGCUCCUCCACCAACGAUAGCACCACCAAAGACACCGUUCCUAGCGUCCGCAAACUCAAGUCGAAGAAGUCGCUCCGGAGCCUCUUCCAACGCGACCCUGCGCCCCCGAUACCCUCCCUCCGCCACCUCCCCAUCAGCAACCCCAUCCCAACCGCACCCUCCCGCGCCGACUCCCCGGCCACAGUCCCCGGCUCUACCCCCAAAUUCACCAAGGAGUUCUGGGAGCGCGACACCCUCAUCUCGUUCCCGAUCCCUCUCACCGAUAUCCCCAGCGAUGGCUCGCCCGUUCCUGGCCUGCCCAGGGCCCUCUUCAAGCACACGAAGCGCGCGGGACCGCCGCCCAUCGUGCCUGCGCGGCCGGGUGAUGGGAAGGUGGAUUUGGAGAUUGUACGGAUGCGGGGGGUGGGGGAUGGGAGGAUGGUGUAUGUGAAGAAGGGAGGUGGGGAGGAUGAAGAUGGUGUUAGGGGAGCCUGGGUUCCAGUGGCGCAUCAGGCGCCGCCGGGUGUGGAUAUGGGGAUUAAGAGGAGCGAUGGGGAGGUUUGGGAGAGGUUUAGCCAUGAGCGGUAUGGAAGUGUGGAGAGGAUUGAGAAGGGUAUGAGGGGUAUGGUUGUGGAUGACUUUGUCUUUGGCGAGAAGGAAUUUGUGGAGGAUAUCUGAGUAUACCCUGGGUAGGUAUCUGGUUUUCAAAGCAUGAUUGGCAUGGUUGGGUACGCAUGGUAAUGGUUGGAUUGCGUGGGACAUGACUUUGUAUAUGAACACCCGGGCUACGUUGAGUUCCUCAGUACUUUUUGCUCGGACUUCGAGAUCACAACAAAAGCUUCUGUAAAUUCCC